AUGUUAGAAUUAAAGAAGGACUUUAUCUUCCGAAAGCCACCAUUUUUGAAAGCUAACAAAGAGAAGCUAAAGUCAAAGAAGAUUGAAGAGUCAGUAGAAGUGGAGGAAACAGUUUCCCCCAAAGCUAAAAAAGUGAAAAAGAAAGCUGAGCCUGCAGAAGUUGAAGUGAAUUCUCCUAAGUCUAAAAAGGUGAAAAAGAAAGAGGCACAGUCCCAAGAUGAUGUGACUUCUCCUAAAACCAGAAGUGUGAAGAAGAAAAAGGAACCCACUGAAAAUCCAGUUGUUUCUCCCAAAACAAAAAAAUCAAUAAAGAACGAGGAGUUUUCUGAAGAAGAAGAGGUGGAAGCGCCUAAGCCCAAGAAGAUGAAGAAAGAAAAGGAAAUGAAUGGAGACAUCGGAGAGAAAAGACCCCAGCUGAAGAACGGACUUGGACCCUCCUCUAACGGCAAGGAGUCUGCCAGCGAAGAAAGCAGCAGUGAGUUAGAACAGGAAGUACCAGUAGAACAAAAAGAAGGCGCCUUCUCUAAUUUUCCCAUAUCUGAAGCGACCAUUAAACUGCUCAAAGCCCGUGGGGUGAACUUCCUGUUCCCUAUCCAAGCGAAGACAUUUCAUCAUGUCUACAGCGGGAAGGAUUUAAUUGCACAGGCACGUACAGGAACUGGGAAGACUUUCUCCUUUGCCAUCCCCUUGAUUGAGAAGAUUCAGGGAGAGCUGCAAGACCGGAAGCGAGGCCGUGCCCCUCAGGUGCUGGUUCUUGCUCCGACAAGGGAGUUGGCAAAUCAAGUGAGCAGAGACUUCAGCGACAUCACAAGAAAGCUGGCCGUGGCCUGUUUCUACGGUGGAACUCCCUAUGGAGGUCAAUUGGACCGCAUGCGGAAUGGGAUUGACAUUCUGGUGGGGACGCCGGGUCGUAUCAAAGACCACCUACAGAAUGGCAAGCUAGACCUCACCAAACUGAAGCAUGUUGUCCUGGAUGAAGUGGACCAGAUGUUGGAUAUGGGUUUUGCUGAUCAAGUGGAAGAGAUUUUAUGUGUGGCGUACAAGAAAGAUUCGGAAGACAAUCCCCAAACAUUGCUUUUUUCGGCAACUUGCCCUCAUUGGGUAUUUAAUGUUGCUAAGAAAUACAUGAAACCUACAUAUGAGCAGGUGGACCUGAUUGGUAAAAAGACUCAGAAAACGGCAAUAACUGUGGAGCAUCUGGCUAUCAAGUGCCACUGGACCCACCGGGCAGCAGUCAUUGGGGACGUGAUCCGGGUGUACAGUGGUUACCAGGGGCGCACCAUCAUCUUCUGUGAGACCAAGAAGGAGGCCCAGGAACUGUCGCAGAACACAUCCAUGAAGCAGGAUGCCCAGUCAUUGCACGGAGAUAUUCCACAGAAGCAAAGGGAGAUCACCUUGAAAGGUUUUCGAAAUGGUGAUUUUGGUGUUUUGGUGGCAACCAAUGUUGCUGCACGUGGGUUAGAUAUCCCUGAGGUUGAUCUGGUCAUACAAAGCUCUCCACCAAAGGAUGUGGAGUCCUACAUUCAUCGUUCUGGGCGCACGGGCAGAGCUGGGAGGACAGGAGUUUGUAUCUGUUUUUAUCAGUACAAGGAAGAAUAUCAGCUGGUACAAGUGGAACAGAAAGCGGGAAUUAAAUUUAAACGAAUAGGUGUGCCGUCUGCAACAGAAAUCAUAAAAGCUUCCAGCAAAGAUGCCAUCAGGUAUUUGGAUUCGGUGCCUCCUACCGCCAUCAGUCACUUCAAGCAGUCGGCUGAGAAACUGAUAGAGGAGAAAGGCGCUGUAGAAGCCCUGGCAGCUGCCCUGGCCCAUAUCUCAGGUGCCACAGCGGUAGACCAGCGCUCCAUGCUCAACUCGGAUGCGGGCUUUGUGACCAUGAUCUUGAAGUGCUCAAUUGAAAUGUCCAACAUCAGCUAUGCUUGGAAAGAGCUUAAAGAGCAGCUGGGUGAAGAAAUGGAUUCCAAGGUGAAGGGCAUGGUCUUCCUCAAAGGAAAGCUGGGUGUUUGCUUUGAUGUUCCUACUGCAGCCAUAACUGAAAUACAGGAAAAAUGGCAUGACUCACGGCGCUGGCAGCUCUCCGUGGCCACCGAGCAACCAGAGCUGGAAGGACCGAGGGAGGGAUACCGAGGCCCCAGGGGGCCAAGGGAAGGCAAUCGUGGUUUCAGGGGACAGCGGGACGGAAGCAGAGGUGGCUUCAGAGGAAAGCGGGAUGGAAGCCGAGGCGGCUUCCGAGGACAGCGGUCUGGAGGAGGUGGAGGUGGAGGCGGAGGCAACCGAAAUAACAGAUUCCAAAGCACAGGCCAGAAGCGGAGCUUCAGUAAAGCCUUCGGGCGGUAAUUUGAAAUAGAGGAUUUCUAUGAGCUGUAUUUGGCAACAUGGAACUGAACUGGUGUUUUUCCUACAGCCGUAAAAGCACACAGUGCUUCUUUUGUACCAUUUACUCAGGCCCCAUUUCCUUCAGGAGGAGGUGCUUUGUCUACAUUAUUUCAUCUGAUCUUUAUCAUUUGUAACUUCACUGCUACUUCUGUAUCUUCUUUGAAAAAAGGUACAUGAGUUCAUUAUGUUUUUAUUCUAGUGGGUUGUCUAUGGAUGACAAAAUACUGUCAAGCAUGUAUCAGACUUUGUAAACUGACCUUUCUUUAUGCUCAAAGACGUCUCUUGACUGCCCUCUAAAGUGAAUGUCCAAGGGACUACAGCAACCCCAAAGACUCCGUUGGAGCAAUCAAAGCUUUCUUCAAUAACAAACAGUUAUUUCUGUGGCUCUAUAAGAUGUCUUAGGAGGCAAUAUAGUGACCAAUGUUUCAAAGCAGGAUUUCAAACUUUGCUGGAUCUGUGUCACACAUGCCAUGACAUGCUCGGAGUGGAGGUGGAUGAUGUGUGGGAAGGGAACUGAUGGAGACAUAAGCCUUAAGUUUGAUGUGCAAUUUGAUACAAUUUUAAGCUUUUCAAUGUAAGGGGAUACCUCUUCAGUGAUUUCUUACUACACAGAUAGUGCAUGUAGACUGGGGGACAUCUGAAAAUAAGUGAAAAUGUAUGAUAAGGUAUCCUUUUAAUGGCCAGUACUUAAUGGAACAUCGUUUUUAAGUACAGUGAGCCUGGUAUGACGGCCCAAUUUAAUUUCUCAAAAGUCUGGUUCCUGUGCCUAGAACCAUGUUUGUUGUUUACAUUGUUGAGAAGAGGGAAGUGGAACACCCAAUGUACCCCUGGCCAGUAACUCCGGCUUAGUUCCCACGUAAUAUUUCUCUGGGAAGCUUUCGGGUUCCAUGGUUCAGGAAUUUAAUGAUUUGAAAGAUGAGAUUCUUCCCCUGUAGUUCCUAGAAAUUUUGUGCUGGGAGUCUUAGGAACAAACUAUAAUAGAAUUUCUUUAUUUUAAACAAAUCGAAAACAAAAUCUUUCUAGGUUCUGAUUUCUAUCACUUAACCCAAUCUUUGUAUCUAACUUUGUGAUAAAGGAACUCUUUAUCCUUUGAGACAACAUCCUUCAAUUUGGAUAUCACUUCUAUCCUCCAUUCUUUUUUUCCCCUCCCCGCCCGGCCCUCUGGGCCUGCCCUACCCUCCAAUCUUGAUUGCAUAUUUCUUGCAUUCUGUUCUCAGAAAUUCUAUGAACUUGUUCUUUGAACCACUUGUCAGUUUUUAUCAUUUCCACCCCUAUCCCUCUUGGUCUCCCACAUAGCCCAUAAGAAUUUAGAGGGAAAGUAUUUGCUCAUUCAAUACAAGUACCUUGUGAAUUAUUAUUUAUUAGAAUUUUUAAUUUUUUUUGUACUAAUACUGGGCAUGCUUUAAAACAACCAAAUCAUUUCAUGAUUAGGUAGGGUGAGUACUUUUUAAAGCCAGUUAAGAGGGCCUGAUACCGAACCUAUAGGAAUAGACAUCUAAAACUUUGAUGUGGAUUAGCCUAGCGCCCCACCCCCGCAC